UUGAAAAACAAGUUUUAUUAAUUUUUUUCUAUACGAAUUUACAAAACAAAACAAACAUGUGAACAUCAUGGCAUUACCCGGUAAAGUUUGGAGAUAAAUCUUAGAGAUAUAUUUUAAAUCUCCAGUCGUGAAGAAUGAUUAUCGCAUUGCAAACUCUAAUAUUCUUUCGUGAAUCUUUAUUGACUGCCAUAGAUCGGUUGCUACGUCCAUAUUACAAAUAUUUUUUGCUAUUUAACCAUAAUGGAAAUGUGAUCGAAGAUGACGACUCCGAGGACCAUGUAUUCGCGGAGUUUGAUGAUGAAAAAGGAGUUGUUUUUUAUCCACCAGUAUAUGCACAAAGGUAUGCAGCAGUCAGCGAUUGUCUCAUGGAUGACCGGUGGUGCGGGAAGUUAGAGAAGGUCGUAGAUCUUGGAUAUCAUGAUAUGAGCUUCAUAAAAUACCUGAAGGACAUGCCUGGUAUUAAGUGCAUCCUCGGUGUUGAUAUUGAAAGCAUACCUCUUCGUUGUUCAUCUGACAUGUUUGCUGCUGAUGAAUAUUCUCCAAAGAGGGAACAUCCAUUACAAGUAACUCUCUUUCAAGGCAAUGCUGCAGAUCCAGACUAUAGACUUAUUGGCUGUGAUGCAGUAGUAGCCAUAGAAAUGAUUGAGCAUAUGCUACCACAUGACCUGGAAAGACUUGUGCACACAGUGUUUGGUUUUAUUAAACCUAGGAUUGCUGUGUUUACAACACCUAACUCCGACUUCAAUACACUCUUUAAGGCUUUAGAAAAAAAUGGUCUUAGGAGACUAGACCACUUCUUUGAAUGGUCAAGGGAACAGUUUCAUGAUUGGUGUAGUAACAUAGUGUCCCGUUAUCCACAAUAUACAGUUUCCUGCAAGGGUAUUGGUCCAGGACCUACUGGUACAUUGCAUUAUGGCUGUUGUAGCCAAUUGGCACUAUUCAUCUCUAAGGACUAUCAUAAACAACAGGAUUUGAACUUGAAUAGCUUGGCUCUGGUUGCAAAUGCUCCAGAUUGUGACAAUGUACGUGAGUUGAUUGGCAGUUGGGAAUUACCUGAAAGCCCCAAGUGUCAUUCAGAGAACAAAAUGCUUUGUUUGCCAAACAAUGUGGAUUCCUUUAACGAGUUUGUAUUCUCGGAUAAGCAAUCAUGCGUAACCGUCCUCAUUUCACCCUCCUUCUCCCUGGAGACCCUCGAGUACCGCGAUAAGAUGUCACAGUGUAAUUUGGAUUUUGAAGUGGGCAAGAAUUUUCUUAUGUUUGACGAUGAGUUGUGCUUUGACGUGUUGGUGCCGCGAAGGAUAUUGAACAAUAGGGUUUAUGAGAUUGAGGAUAUAACUAGCAGAUUGAAUUGCACAACGUUGCAAGUGAAGAAAUUCUCAAAAACCACCCAAAAUAUGAUGGCGAGGAACAGAGUGGAUACACUUGUGCACACCAGAGAGGUGGUAGAUGAAAUACGGCAUUUGACUAAGAUGUUGAACUUUAAUAAGGAGUUCCUAAAUAAGGAACAAGGAGAUGGCACUUGGUAUAAUUUUAAUUGGGGUGAUAAUGCGCCCUAUUGGAACCAAUAUUAUACAAUUGUUCGAGAAUACAACUAUCCAUUUGAGAAUAAAUCAGAAGAAUGUCGUAUCCUAGAUUUGAUAUCUGAUGAAGUAAAUAGAUUUAUAGAUAUGCAGUAUGAUGAAGAGUUCUCAGUGGACGUUAAUAAGCUGGACAUACCAAUAGAUCAAUUGAUGAAGGUUGUCCAACACAUUACACAAGAUGUCGAUAGAGUUAAAGAUCUGUUGGAGUGGAAUGGCUAUGAAGUGGUGGGUGAUGUGGUGAUCCACUCACGGCUCAUGGUGGACAGUAGUUCUGUGAUCACCCGCGAUGCUGACUGGCAAGACAACGACACCAUUUCUGAUUGGGAUACUACUGAUAUACAUUCUACUUCAUUGUCUGAUGGAAGUACUACAGCCCCGGAGUAUCAUGGGCGUUGCUUGCGGCGUGCUCUCGACCACAAAGUGCGCAGGUUACGCUCAAUGUUAACCGCUGAUGAAGAUAUCGCCGGUGAAUUGGAUCGAGUCGUAUGCAGGCUUAUGAAACUGGCCCUGAGGACGAGCUACGGUCGCCAGGCGCCGCCGCCUUCACGAUGGAUGCAGUGUAAACUGUUCGACUUGCUCACACUCACUGAAAAGGCUAUCGAGCGAAGGAAGAAACACUUCAUUGACAGUUAUCCCUUGAAGGCUAUUGAUUAUGACUAUCAAGAGAAUAAAAUUGAGAAGAUUCUCAAUCUAACUAAACACAAAGACGACAACUCAACGAGAGCUUUAAUGGACAAGUAUCGUCCCUUAGUUGAUUCUAAUGGAAUCAAAGAAAUUAGAGAAAAAUCAAUAGUUCACAAUUAUUUAAACUUAGGAAUGAUCGAUGAUGAUUUCAGCAUUACUAGUAAAGACGUAAAAGAAUUGGAUUUUAUUGAUGACUCGAUUCACUCACCUUCUCUGGUAGACACUUCACCUUUGGUAAACGAUGUUAUUUAUUGUGAUAAACUAUUUACAAAACCAAAUAAAGAAGAAAGUAGAAAACAGAGAAUACAAGCUUGGGUUGACGACGAUGUUGAAAUAUUUCCUUAUCCAAACUACGAUCCUGUAGCCGUUAUAAGUUUUGUUGGAGACACAGAUCCUAGUGUUUCCAAUUUGAUUCCAGAAAGUUUUGUGAAAUAUUGCCACCCAGAAAAUAAAGAAAAUGACAUCAGCGAGGUUCAGUAUUUGACAGCAAGCGAGAGGAGCUUUAGUGAUAGUAUCUAUGAAAAUGUUAAUGUUUCGGCUACAGAAGAAAGUUUACUAAUAAAUAUAGUAACAGAUGAUAUAGAGGAGACGAUUGCCUUACGGCGAACUAUUGGCACUAACGCAGAAGACGAAUUGGAUAUUUUGAAACCUUGCACUGUUCUUUGUAGUAUGGCAAGCAUCCUUAAAAAUGAUAAUGGUUUUUGUUACAAGUCUGAAGUUAAUACUGAAAAUAUCCAUUCACAAACUAUAUUUUUGUAUGAUAUAAAUGAACCUAGUACCUCUAAGGGUGUCCGCCACAUAAGUAUGGACGUACAAUGUGGGCCAGACAUAAUAACCCCGGUGUGCCCCAUGUCUUCUACAACAACAUCAGUCACAAGGGUACCUAAAAUAUUUACAACAGGAAUAAAAAUAGGCGAUUCCUUUACAAAUAUAAGAACCCAAAAUAGCAUUGAUUUUGGUACUUCUACAAAUGAUUAUAAUGAACAUUACACAAUUAUUUACCCAACGACAAGGUCGAACGGUAUUGAGAAGAUAAUAGAUUCUGAUUUAAUAAUUAAUGAAAAAGUCGACUGUGCCACGAUGAUUACUGACAGCAUUAUGAAUCAAAAUGUUUUUUGUACUGAAACGAAGCUGAUUAAGCCCAUAUCUAGUAGUUUAUAUGAAGAAGAAUCAGUCUCAGAGUUUUAUAAUAGCAAAGUUGCUGAAUGCUUUUCUAAAAAUACCAGUGAAAUACGACUAAAAUCAACUGUAAGCAAAGAGGUUGUACAUGAUAAAUAUUGUACUAGAUGCAUUCGACCAAAGCUUCGUUGCGGCGGUGUUCAUGUUCAUAGUUAUCGGGAUAAGCAAGUAUAUGAAGAUGUUAUUUAUCAAGGAGAAUGGCAGCAACAUCGGCCGAAGGUUUUAGCUAGCAAACGAACUAUUUAUGAUACAGGUACUGGAAAAAAAGUUAGUGAAACGAUGAAGAAAGCGAAGAUUAAUUCCAAAGAAAAAAUACAUGGACCUAUUAAAAUUAAAUUUGAGCACAAGAAAAAUAUACUAAUGCCUGUCUUUGAAAUGAAUAAAGUAACAAAAGAGCUUAGCGACACGAAAAUGCCUACGUCUAAUAACAUAAUUAAAUAUAAUAAAAAUAUUUUUAAGGUAUGUUUAGCGUCGUUCUUUACUAAUUUAACUACUUCAAAGAUAUUAUUUGAGAAAUAUAGUAUAUACGUUUUAUGCAAUUUUUCAGAUAGGAUUGGCCCAUCAAAAAACUUUAAACAAGUUCUUACUUAUAAAAGAAAUAUGUCGACAACUGCUAAAAAAGAAAGUAAAAAUUUGGCUAAAUACAGAAAGAAGAAUAAUAUACCAAUGGACUUAAAGAACAAUCCGAUCACCCAAAACAAAUAUAUGAAUGGCUUAAAGAAUUUAAAUCAAAAUAUAGACUCUGUUAAUACAGUACUGAAAGUUAACAAAGAAAAACCUGUUGGACAAGUGGCACCAUUAGUUCGAUUAAAAACUAAAGAUAUUAAUAAAGAGUUGUUAAAAUUUACUGAUAUACCACGAAAUAAUAUGAAUUACAUUGUAUUCCGUAAUGAAAUUGAUAAAAAUGCUGAUUGUGAAUCUUCAUUUAGUACCAAUAAAAAUAUUAAAACAAAAGAAACCGAGAAUAAAAGACCCUAUAGCCCACAAUCGCAGAACAGUUCGACCUAUUCUUCUCCUAAUAGUGUGGCAACUGUUAGAGUUGCUUCAAACCGAUCUAACAUUUAUUCCAGUAGAAGAUAUUCGUUAUCUAAUGAAAUGACUUUAGAGAGUAGCCAACCAGAUAUUAAUAACGUAUCUAUCAUCAGAAAUAAGAAAUAUACAAAGAAAUGUAAAAUCGCUAAAAAGACUGAUGACAAAGGAAAUGAUAAGGAAAACAUUCCGGAGUCGUCUACAAAGUAUAAAUUAAUUAGUAAGAAAAAUAAGAAUACAACUAAUUUUAUUGUAAGAAAUAAAAGCAUUUAUAGAGCGCAGUUUAAAACUGACAAUAAGACUUUACAGAACAAUAUAAUGUCAAAACAAGUUGAUCAAACUGCUAUAGUAUCCAAAGUUAUUAUGCCGUUACAUACGGACGAUAUUGAAUAUUCUUCCGUUUCAAAAAAUAUAUCUUUGAUGCAAACUGAAUCAACUAAAGGAGAGCAAAUAAUAGCAGAUACUAUAGUAGCAACAAUCUCCAAUCAAAUACAUUGCCCAAAUACACAAGUCGAUAUUCCUUCGGUAGAUAGUGCUGAGACAAAUUGCAAUAUUGUUGAAGAUCCUCAAGCCUUAAAUAGACAUGAUAAUUGUGAUGAUAUUUUUUAUGAUAUGAGGCUCUUGGUUGAAGAAUGUCUAAAUUUAGAAAAGAGGUACUUUGUUGGUUGUGAUGAUUCUGUAGAUUCUGAAUCUCUAUUUUUGAGUUCCGAAGAUAUUUAUAAUGCGAGUAUUAACGAAGAUUCCUCUCCUACCAGUUAUAGAACCGUUAUUACAAAUGAAGAUCUAAACAAUUCUUUACAAAGUGAUUUGGAUAAUACUAUGAACCAGACUUUUGAUUCCAUUUUAGGUGAAGAUUCUAUAUUGACCGUGCCUGGUAGUGGAUUAACUAUAACAGAUUUAGAUCUAAAUUCGUUUAAAUCUAUUACAUGUUCGAGAAAAAUAUCCGAAAAUGUAUUGGCUGCUGGUCAGAACAAUAAUACUCAAAUUCCAACUGAAAGUUCUGUGCGAGACUUAUUCGAGAGAAAAAAUCUGCUUUUAAUUCAAAAUCCCGCUGGAGCUCUGGCUCUUCAAGCGUUUAGUGGUUAUUCUGUAAACAUCGAACCGAUAGUUGGCGAUCGACCCGAUCGUGUCAAUUUUAUUGAUUCAGAAACUGGAAGUGUUGCUUUGGAUGUAGCUAGGCAAGUUACAUCAGAGGAAGUUUUCAUAUCUGGAAGAUCAUCCACCAGUUACGAAUCCUGUUUAACUGACGAUGACGCUGUACUUCCGUAUUGGCUCUUUCAUAUCAUCAGUCAACAAUCUGUAUGGUUAGUCCAAGAAGAACUAGAAGAACCACACUCUGAACUGCCAUUGGCUAUGCCCGAGCCGAUGCUUGACCCAAAUGGCAAUACGCUGGGUGGUGUGGGAGUAGCGGUAGGUGCAGGGGACGGACAUGGUAUGCACAGCGACCGCUCGCAGGACAGCUCUGGGCGAGGCACUUCCCUCAGUUCCACUGGAACCUCGUCGGGAGUGCAGAGUGAGGUGAUACUUAUUGAUCCGUCGGCUUUUACUGCACAAUUCGAAUUGUUACGAGAUUCCAUGGACAAUAAUGCAUCGGUACCUACCAUUUCGAUAACAAACGCAGAUAUGCCGGAUGCAUCAUUCGUGAUAAUUGAAGGUGGCGUACACCACACUGGUCCCAUUAGUCUGGAUGGGCGUAGGAACCCUGUGGUAUCUCAGCUUGCAGCCAGCGAUGUGGACGCAGACAUCAGUUCUCUUGACACCGAUGCUCCAGAUUCCUCGGACAACUGAUUAAUUCCAUAAUUGUGACGUUGCAAAUUAUAGUGAUACGUUCGUGGCACAUACUGUAAAUACGUUACCUUUAUUUCUCAU